AUGUCAAAGCCUCAGUUCGAGUAUGCAAAACUCCCUCAAUUUACAUAUCAGACGUUCGACCUUAAGACUCUCAAGUUCUCGAACGUCCCGGUCAUUCCUCUCUUUGAUAAAGGAAGAACAGUCGACAAUGAUAAAGUCAAUGCUGACGUUGAGUCGAACAAGGAUGAGGGUCAGGAUGAACCAUCAGAGACUGACCCAACUGAACCUACUUCACCCCUUGAAAGUGCCUCACUUCCCGAGCCCCCCAAUGGUACAUCUGAGCAGGAAGCUCAGAAAAAACUAGAAGCGGAACCGAUUGAGGAGGAGCCUGCUGAGGAGGCGCGGGAAGUUGCUGAAGAGCUUGAGGAGGUUGCAGAGGAGGUAGCAAAAGCAGUCGGAGAGGCAGCAGAGCAGGUAAUGGAGGAAAAUAAUGAAGAACUGCGAGAUGAGGAUUGCAGUGCAGACACCACAGAUGAGUUGGGGGCGGAUGAGGGAAAUCAAAAUGAAAUGGCUCAAAACAAAGAUGCUGACCCUCCCGUGGAUGGUAAAAGUCCGGAAUAUACUGGGCUCGAGGAUCAUGGGAUCGGAGAUAGCACUGGGGACUUUGAUAAUGACGGUAAUAUAAAUCUCUACUAUUUGGAGGGUACGACACUGACAAGCACAAAAUAUCCAGAAUUUCCAGCUGUGGACCCCGAAGCUGAGGUAGAUCAGGUUGAGGCGGAGAAGGAGGCGGAAGCAGAGGCUAUUUAUGAUGAUGAUGAUGACGACACCUUAACUCUGGAGUAUUGCGAUGAGGACACAGAAGAAACUAUGGAUGAGGCCAAAGAGACCGAAGUACUCACAGAUGAACGCCAUAUCCCUGAAGCGGAUAUGCCCACUCCAGAUGAGCUGAUCAAAAUCGACGAACAAAAUUCUGAAACUACCGAACCAAGAAAUCCCAUUGAAAGUGGAUCCCUUGAGCCAGAAAAGCAAGACGAACCUGAAGGACCUCAUGAGGAACCAGCGGAAUACUCUUUGGAGUACACAGACUCCCCCGAAUCGUCAGAGGAAACACCAUCCGACGCAGCUCCGGCUGAAGACCCACGAACUGAACUAGAUUGCCCAGCUGAAGAACCAACCGCAACAAAUCCCAUGGAAGAUUCAGACCCAGUGGAGGUACCCGCUGCCGAGGACCCUCCCGAUGAAGAGCCGAGUCCUCUAGAAAAGCCGGCUGUUGAAGAUCCAUCAGAUGAAGAAAAGUCUUUGCCAGAAGAGGUUCCAAAUGAUGAGCCACCGGCGGAAGUCACACCUGAAGAAGAGCCUCCCACCGAAAACCAACAGACGUAUGAUGAUGAUUCACCAGCGGAUAGUGCUUCGUAUGAAGUUGCCGUCGAAGAACUUAUUCAGGAAGAACUCGCAGUUGAAGAGUCUCUCGCUGAAGAUGCCUUUCCAGCAGAAGAGUCUAUCCCUGAGGGACCGACUAUGGAGGCCGCUCCUGAAGAAACUACCACCGGUGACUCACAAGGUGAUGAUCCGCCUGUCGAAGAUAACCCAGUGGGAGUUUCUCCGGUCGAAUAUUUGCCUGCUGAGGACCUUCCUGCUGAGGACCGGCCUGCUGAAUACCCGCCUUCUGAAGACCCGCCCACUGAAGACCCUCCCGCUGAAGACCUGGCGGCGACAGAAUCGUCUCCCACAGAAAAUCAUUCUGCUGAAGAACUAGUCGCAGAAGAAGCCACCGCAGAGGGGCCAGUUGCGGAAGAAUCGAUGCAAUCUGAAAAUGCACCAGGCGAAGACGCCUCUCCAGAAGAUCAUGCCCCGGAGGAACUCGUUGAAGAGCCGUCUUCUGUGCCUUCUGCACUAGACGAAUCGCUAACAGAGGCAAUUUCUGUUGAAGUUCCCGCAGAAUGGCCUCCUGCUGACGAAACAAGUGGUGAAACUCUUGAAAUCACCAAUGCAGAAGUCUUAAUCGAUGCUCCAUUAGGGGAGUCUGCAGAUGUUGUUGCAUCCUCCAAGACAAGGCGGAAAAAGCGGCGGCAUCGAUCGCAGUGGGAACGUGAAAGGCGGGGAUCCAAGGGCUCUUCUGAUAGUCAUGCUCUUCGUCGCCGAAAGAGUGAGCGAGGGCUUUUCUCUAACCCAUUCUCUGAAGCUGUUGAAGCAAAGAAACAAAGAUCGUCAAGGCCUAGCUCCGAUGAAGAGAGGACUGAACAGAGAAGGAGAAUGGACAGUCGCAGAGAGAGUGAAUUACGAACUAGAAGACAGAGCACGGCAAAUGAUUUACUUGAUACAAGCCGCCAUUCUGGUGCUGCUGAGAGCAGACGGAAUUCGACCUCUCAUACCUUGUCGGCUCUAGCAGCCAAACCAGUCGCGUUGCUUAGGCUUAUUGCUAAUGGAGAAUCCGAAACCAACGGACCCCUACUGAUACUUAACGUAUCUAAUCAAUACGAGACAAGAAGAUUAUCUGCCUCUCGCCCAUCAGACUCGUCAAGUGAUUCGAGGCCCCAUUCCAACUCUCACUCGCAUUCCCACUCACAUCACAGGCAUCGACAUCAUAGUGAUAAAGAAUCAAGACCUCACGAGGAUGAGUCGCCAAGAAACUCAAUCGACGAUGGUGAGAGGCGUCGAAGAGAACAUCGAAGAUCGAGAAGGCCUGAAGAGCAACUGGAAGAUCGACCAAGGAGGAGGGGAAGCCACAACGAGGAAAGCCAGCAGGAGAGAAGAAAUUCUGAGAAAUAUAUGAACGGUCCUCUAGACAGAUUGAAGGAUCGGUUCAUGGGAAACCUGAAAGCUGUCCUAGCGGUCGCGUGA